UUUUGUGCCCUCGGUGAACCAUUGACAACCCUGUAAAAUGAUGAAGUGAAAAUAGUUAAAUAGUGGAAUCCAAUAGUUUUCUAAAUUUUCCUCUAUGUUGAUUUUUUGAUCCCACAAAUAUUUUGCAUAGUCCUGAUGAAAUGGCAUCCGCGCUGGAACAGUUUGUGAAUACAGUUAGGAGUUUGUCUUCACACGGCAAUUUCAGGGAGCUAUGCGAAUAUUUGAAUAAAACUAGUGAAGGACUGCUCAAGAAUACUCAACAUUUGGACAAUGUGUUAGAGACACUAGAUAUACAGCAACAUUCUCUAGGCAUAUUGGCUGUAUUACGUGCUAAAUUCAGUGUAAUUGUAAACAGCCCGGAUAAUCGUUUCACAUUAGCACAGGAUUUCAUUCAGAAUUGCAAUGGAGAACAAGUCAGAUUCGCCCCUGAUAUAUUUGCUGAGUUAUGUCAUUCUCUCACAAACUAUUUAAUAGAUCAAAGACAACCACUGCAAGGAGUGUUAUUAUUAAAAAAAGCAAUUUCCAAGCUGCGAUUAUUCGAUUCUCAACUCACAUCAAUACAUGCAGAUCUCUGCCAGCUUUGUCUGGUAUCAAAAUGCUUCAAGCCAGCUUUAGAAAUACUAAAUAUUGAUAUAACUGGAAUAUGUCAAGAGAUUAACAAUCCGAAUGGACCUCACUUCGAUUCUAAGUAUUUUUUGUUGUAUUAUUAUUAUGGAGGAAUGAUAUAUUUAGCUGUUCGUAACUAUGAUAGAGCCCUGUAUUUCUUUGAAGUUGCAAUAACAACUCCUUCACAAGCAGUGUCUCAUAUUAUGCUGGAGGCUUUCAAGAAAUAUAUUUUGGUCUCAUUACUAUUACAAGGAAAGAUUCAGAUGAUACCUAAAUAUGCCUCGCAGGUGGUAACAAGAUUCAUGAAACCGUUAUCCCAGCCUUAUUAUGAGCUAGCAAAUGCUUUCACUUCCAAUAAUACCACAGAGUUAAAUUUGGUACUUAAUAAACAUAGUGAGAUAUUCGCUAGAGACCAUAACUUGGGACUCGUGAAGCAGGUAUCGUCGAUGCUCUUCAAAAAAAAUAUACAAAGGCUGACCAAGACAUUUUUGACUCUGAGUCUCUCUGACGUGGCUAGCAGAGUGGGCCUUUCCAGUCCAUCGGAAGCUGAAAGUCAUAUUUUGCAGAUGAUUGAGAGCCAACAGAUCUUUGCCACGAUCAAUCAAAAAGACGGCAUGGUUGUGUUCCGAGACGAGCCGGACAAAUACAGCGGUCCGGCAGUACUGAAAGGACUCGAAGAACAAAUGGCUCUCUGCAUGGAACUAGAUAAACAAAUUUUAGCUAUGGAUGAAGAAAUUCAGGUGAAUCCUCAGUACGUAAAGAAGUCGGCGGGACUGCAAGACGAGGAACAACCAAGUAAAAGUACCUACGCUAUGUAAUCGAUCAUUCAGGUCGCCAUACUGCAAUUAAGUUAUUGUUAAGAGAAGAAACUGAAAUAGUGUAUGUACAGUUCAUUGCACUCUUCAUAUUUUUAAUUAAAAAUUGAAUACCUAUUUAAUUAUAUUAUUUGAUUUG